CCUCUCCCAGCCAUCGCCACCACCACCCCUCCUCCUCCUCCUCCUCCUCCUCCUCCUCAACUCACCCUCGGCUACCACCACCAAUGGAAUUACCAUCAUGGGCCACAUAUCUAGCAACCUUACCAGCAUCCAUCCUCCUCCUCCUCCUCCUCCUCAAAUCCCUCUUCUGCCGGCGCCGGCGCCUCUGUAAACUAAACCUGCCCCCCGGACCAAAGCCAUGGCCCGUCAUCGGAAACCUCAACCUCAUCAGCUCCCUCCCCCACCGCUCCCUCCACGCUCUCUCGCAGAAGUACGGCCCCCUCAUGCACCUUUAUUUCGGCUCCUUUCCGGUCAUCGUCGCCUCCUCCGUCGACACGGCCAAGCUCAUCCUAAAGACCCAUGAUGUCACCUUCUGUGGCCGGCCCAAGACCGCCGCCGGCAAGUGGACCUCCUACAACUACUCCAACAUCGGUUGGUCCCAAUACGGCCCAUACUGGCGCCAGGCACGCAAGAUGUGCAUGACGGAGCUCUUCAGUGCGAGAAGGCUGGACUCUUAUAAGUACAUAAGAGUGGAGGAGGUCAAGAACCUCCUCCGGGACCUCUUCAACUCCUCAGGGAGGCCUGUUAACCUCAGCGACCACCUCUCAAACGCCAGUCUCAGUAUAAUAAGCCGAAUGGUGCUGGGGAAGAAGUAUUUGGACAAGUCCGAGAGCUCAGUUGUGUCGCCGGUGGAGUUCAAGGCGAUGCUCGACGAGUUCAUGUUGCUUAACGGCGUCAUGAACAUCGGAGAUUCGAUACCAUGGCUGGAUUUCUUAGACUUGCAAGGCUACAUCAAGAGGAUGAAGAAGAUUGGCAAGAAGUUCGAUAGGUUCCUCGAGCAUGUGCUUGAUGAACACGGCGAGAGGCGGCGACGGGAGGGGGAGAAGUUUGUGACCAAGGACAUGGUCGAUGUUCUCCUGCUACUUGCCGACGAUCCCAACUUGGAGGUCAAGCUUGAGAGGCGUGGUGUCAAGGGGUUCACUCAGGAUCUGAUCGCCGGCGGCACAGACACCUACGCCGUGACCAUGGAAUGGGCCAUCUCCGAGCUCCUCAAACGGCCGGAAAUCUUCAAGAAGGCUACCGAGGAGCUCGACCGGGUAAUCGGAAGGAGCCGGUGGGUCGAGGAGAAGGAGGUGCACCACCUCCCCUACAUCGAGGCAAUCAUCAAGGAGACCAUGAGGAUGCACCCCGUGGUACCCAUGCUCAUUCCCCGGCAAUGCCGGGAAGACUGCCGUGUCGCCGGCUAUGACAUCCGGGCCGGGACCCGUGUUCUGGUCAAUGUAUGGACCAUUGGGAGGGACCCUGGAAUAUGGGAUGCGCCGGAGGAGUUCCGGCCGGAGCGGUUCAUCGGCAGCUCGAUAGAUGUCAAGGGGAAGGACUUCGAGCUUCUGCCAUUCGGGUCCGGGCGGCGGAUGUGCCCUGGUUACAGCCUUGGGCUCAUGGAGAUACAGCUGAGCCUGGCCAACCUGCUGCAUGGCUUUGCAUGGAGGCUACCUGAUGGGAUGAAGGUGGAGGACCUGAGCAUGGAGGAGAUCUUUGGGUUGACGACCCCGAGGAAGGUGCCACUCGAAGUAGUCGUCGAGCCGAAGCUCCCGGUUCAUCUAUAUGCUGUGUGAUUUUAGUGCCUUUUAGAAUCAAUCCAGCCAAUAAAAAUAAAAGUAUCUCAAUAAAUUUCGGGGAGGUACUUCGCUACCUCCGUUUCUUAUCACAAAAAAAAUAUCAGGAGUAAGAAUGGUAAAUCCUUCUGUCUUUUAAUGUAACAGAGUGAUGUAGAAGGAAUGUUUGUUACUUAAAAUUGAGAUGUAAAACUCAGAUAUAUGAUGUUAAGAGUGACAAUGGUAAAUGCAAUUUCGUAAGAUGUAAAA